CGGCCCCCUCGGGCUCUGCUAGGUGGACGUCAAGUCCCCGGGGCGGGUGGCCGCGGUCUCCCGGCGGUACACGCUGCUGCUGCCGCUGCUGCGGGCGACAUGAGUGCCGCGGGGUUGUUGGCUCCGGCCCCGGCCCCGGCUGGAGCGCCGCCGGCCCCGGAGUACUACCCGGAGGAGGAGGAAGAGCUGGAGAGCGCCGAGGACGACGAGCGUAGCUGCCGGGGCCGCGAAUCGGACGAAGACACUGAGGAUGCUAGUGAAACUGACCUGGCAAAACACGAUGAAGAAGACUAUGUAGAAAUGAAGGAACAGAUGUAUCAGGACAAACUGGCUUCUCUCAAGAGGCAGUUGCAGCAGCUACAGGAAGGUACAUUACAGGAAUAUCAGAAGAGAAUGAAAAAGCUGGAUCAGCAGUACAAAGAGAGGAUACGGAAUGCAGAACUCUUCCUCCAGCUGGAAACUGAACAAGUGGAAAGAAAUUACAUUAAAGAAAAGAAGGCAGCGGUGAAAGAAUUUGAAGACAAGAAGAUUGAGCUGAAAGAGAACCUGAUUGCUGAACUAGAAGAGAAGAAAAAGAUGAUUGAAAAUGAAAAGCUCACAAUGGAACUGACUGGAGAUUCUAUGGAAGUGAAACCCAUCAUGACCAGGAAGUUGCGGAGGCGACCAAAUGAUCCUGUCCCCAUCCCAGACAAGAGGAGGAAACCUGCGCCUGCCCAGCUGAACUAUUUGUUAACAGAUGAACAGAUCAUGGAGGAUCUGAGGACAUUAAAUAAGCUUAAGUCACCCAAGAGACCAGCAUCCCCGUCCUCUCCUGAACACUUGCCUGCCACACCCGCAGAGUCUCCAGCGCAGAGGUUCGAAGCUCGGAUAGAAGACGGCAAACUGUACUAUGACAAGAGAUGGUACCAUAAGAGCCAAGCCAUCUACCUGGAGUCCAAGGACAACCAGAAGCUCAGCUGUGUGAUCAGCUCCGUUGGAGCCAAUGAGAUCUGGGUGAGGAAGACAAGUGACAGCACAAAGAUGAGGAUCUACUUGGGCCAACUUCAGCGCGGACUCUUUGUGAUCCGCCGGCGGUCAGCGGCAUGACUUUCUACAGUGUUCUCCCCUUGACCCUUUUUCUGGAGUGGUUUUUAUUUUUGUUUGGUUUUCUUCUUAAUAGCAAAAUUUUACCUUACUGGAAAUAGCUACUCGGCCUUGGCAAAUGGAGAACACUGUUGUGGCUUCUGCAAGGCACUUCUGUGGCCAGCCACUUCCGUCUUGGUGUCAUUCUUGCCUGCCUUGACUUCCAGACAUCGGUCACCGUGGGACUGUUUUACUUUUGGGAGUAUCGGGGUUUGAUUUACUGUCCUUUCAUUUCUUGAUUUUUUGCUUAUAUUUUGUCUUUAACUUUUUUUUUUAAAGCUCCUUUGAGUUUGAAGGGAAAGCUCUUGUAUUAAUUAUCUUCGGGUCCUUCUACCAUGAAGAAGAGCAGGAAGAGAUACACUCGACAGUGCAUUUUCACGUUGGGAGUCUGAUUAGUGGAUCACAUAGCUGCUUCUCUUGUCUAGCCCAAUUCACUGUUUCCCCAGAAGCUUGGGGCAGAGGUCCUAACAGAAGGAGAUUAAUUCUCCUGGCUAUCCACCUUGUCAGAGAAAUAAAUGCCUUGUGUAACAUCUGGCACGUGCCAUCCAUUCCACUGGCUGGGCAAUGGGAAAAUUUGCCUGGAGACGGUGUACUGAAGUCAGUAGGGCUGGGGGAGGGGGAAAUUUCAGAUUCAUAAUGUACUGCAGUUACUAUUUUUUAAAUGUUAUUUGAUGCUGGGGGUUUAUUCAAACGUAUUUGCCCUAGCUCAAGAUGGAAACAGGAAGUGAUCAUUUCAGAAGUUUUCAUUUGUAUUUCAUUUCUUUCCCCUCUUCCCAAGUAAAUGCAGUAGGACGUGCCACGGGCUGAUUAUCUGGGUUACCUAUCGUAGGUGGGAAGGCAGGAUUGAUGGUACAGUAAUCAGUGAUCUAUAGACUCUCACCAUCCAAGUUUCGCUUGUGUUGCUGGUGCCAUUAUUGCACGUCAGCCACUCCAAACCCGUGGAACUUUGUUGUCAGGCCCUCGGCACUCCCAGCCUCCCAGGAGACCAGGCCCAGGUUGAAGAGGAGGAAAGCUGCUCUGCCAUGGCUGCCAUUAAACUUAGACUCUUUCUGAUGAAUCCAGACGCAAGGGCCUUCCUUCCAGGCUCGGCCCCCUCCCUCAUUCCCAGAAGUGGAGAGAUGACUCAUCGGGUGAUGGGUUUUUAUCUACUGUAGUUGCCAUCUUGAGAGGUUGAAGGAAUUUGGGGUUAGAGCAAAUUUUGUUAGCAGCUCUGGGCAGUUGGUAGAUCUCACACAUUCUAGGAAAUCUCUGAUUGCUCUGGUCUCCGGCAGUUCUUGUGCUGUCUUUGAUGCUUACAUCCCAGAGUUGGAGGGUUCUGCUGUCACGAAAACCCCCUUCUCUUAAGUCCUGGCUUCAGCAGAGACCCAGCCUUACUGACUCAGAGUCAAAGAUUUAUACAGAGAUACUUUUGUUUUAAUUUAUAAUCCAUUUUCUCUCUCUCCCUACCUUGAUGUUGGUGUCUUAUUUAGAAACUAGGAUAAACGACACUGUUUAUCAAAAGUUGCCUGGGUGUUCACUGUUUCUUCUCUGCCCUCCAGCCCCCGUUAUGAAGAUGUUUAUGACAGGGAACCAAGCCCAUGGUGAACUGGGGCUUCACUGUUUGUUUUUUGACACCUUUGCUGUAAGGGAGGACUUCUCUCACUGGAAUUGUCACACUGGUGUAUGUGACAUCCUAUAACAUCAGGUAGCUAUUGGUUAUCAGCUAGUGCCCUGUGAUGGAAAUUCAUUUAAAUACAUUAAGUAUGUUUUGCCAUUGAGGGUGUUGGUGUUUUGUUCUGUUUUUAAUGAUGGUCUUCCUUCUAAACAGUAUACCAAAGCUUGUUUUUAUUGGCAAAGAUUGUAUUGAUAACCACGGGGAAGGUCAGUGUCGAAGCAGCAACAAGUUGCCUUUUUUUCUUGCCUUGUCUGGUGGCACCUUUGUGCUUUUUUGGAGUGACUGUUUAUUUGAAGACCAGGGUAUGGGCACUUUGGCCAUCUCUCUUCCAUAACUUCUGAGGGUGUUUGAGGCCAUGCUUAGACAUGGUCUCCACCCAUCACUGCCUUGUCCUGUUCCUCAGCGUCCUCACAACUUUUCCGUCUCACUUUCAUUGUGGCCUAGGGGAUGUGGAAAAUGUGAAGUGGACUUGAGACACAGCAUAGCAAGUUAUAAUCCAAAUACCUGAAGAGUUCACUUUUUAUUUAGUCAUCACAGAGAUGAAAAAUGAGCAGCUCAACCACUCUUGCAGGCAUCUGUGGCGACGAGGGCAGGAGAACCCCUUUCGGUAGCCGAUGGAGAUACUUCUGUGAGGGACAGAAGCUAACUCAAAGGGGGAAACGCAGACUCUGAGAUUCCAAAGAAUAGUAAGAGGAGGCUGGCUGUUACCCCUGGUGGCCAGUUCCUGUUCCUAAAGGUCUUUGUCUGUCACCAGACCCCGGUCCACCAGAUGAAUUCCCACAUUCAAACUUUUUCCUGCAAGUUACCCUUUGAGAAAGGUUGGUCCAGAUAGAGCUGAUCAGGAACCUAUACUUGUGUUUUUUAGGGGCAUUUGCUCCAAGUAUUAUCUUUGCCUCAAGUGUUUGUUAGGGACUUACCCCGAUAUUUAUUUUACCUCUGACAGGAGGUUUUUUUGUACCUCCGUUGCACCCCUCCACCCAAGCCAGUGUCCUUUUGAACAAUUUCCAGUAGAUUUCUGUACAUACCAAAGCCAGGAUGUUUUCAUUCGUUUGGAUACCAGUAUUUACAGAUGUCUUUUAACUACCUAACCUAAUUUUUCUUCUUAAACCUUUAACUGGGGCCAGUGUAAGAUCCCAGAAGAUGAUCUACGAAUCAGACUACAUGUUUUUGUGUUUCAGACCCUAUGUUCAGGACAGGGUGGCUUUUGUAAGAGAGAUGCAGGGGCUGGAGUGGGUGGGUGCUUGCUUCUUCUUUGGUGGGGGGGCUUUUUUUUUUUUACUAUAUAUUUUUCCUAUUAAUCUUUGCUUUCAGCCUUGAACUUUUAUUCAGUAAUUUCUUCUAUAUUUUAAAAAUUUAUUCCAAUGUGGGAAUGUGAAAUCUCAGUACUUAACGUUACACCAAUUCUCAUCCAAAGAGUUCCUGCCACUUUAAUACCAGAACAUGGUAGACAAAUGUAUAGCCAUUCAAGCAGCUGGUAGCCUUUUUUAUAGAACAUCAUUAGCUGGUACCGUUAAAUGUUCUGGAAGGUGAAUGUAAAAUGUAAAAAAGUAUAGGCUUUUUUUUUUUUUUUAAA